AUGAAAUGUUUAAGAACUCUACUUAGUUUAAACUUAGAAGAUCGAGUGCCAAAUGAAAAAUUUUUACAACUCUGUGGCCAACCAAAAAUUGAAGAAAUCAUGUGUCGUAAUCGUUUAAGAUUGUUUGGCCAUGCAAAUAGUAUGGAAAGUGCACAAAAUGGAGCAUCAGAAACAAUACAUUAUGUUACACCUAAUCCAUAUGAAAGUAAUAAUGGUCAUGGUAUUAGUGGUAGUGAUCAAGCAACAACAACAAAAAUAAUACAAAAUAUAUUUUGUGUCUUAUUGGUGCCUUUACCACUUGGUCUUCUCCGAAAUGAUCGUUCAACGUUGACUACGAAUGAAUGGACUCUUCUUUCGAAUUUUCUUCAUUUAUAUGAUGAGCAAAAUCAUUCCAUACGAAUUCAAUAUUCUCUUAAUGAAUUAUCUUCAUUACCACCAAAAUUACGCUCUAAGCCAUUGCAAUUGAUGAAACUUCUUCGCGAGCUCUAUACAAAUGUUGGUCCACUUAUUGAACAUACACCUGACUUUUAUACUUUACACGUUCAUGUUCGUCAGAUUCUUAUCAAACAAAAUUUGUUCAUCACUGGUUUGAUGGGUGCACUUUUCGCUUGUCGUGAAAUAAAUAUAUUUCAAAAUAUGACUGCCAUCAAUGUUAGCAAUCUGUUUUUUGGAUUUCAAUUUAUGAUAGAAUGUCGUCAAAAUAUUGCACGAUAUGAUCCAAAUGGAAAUCUUAUUAAAAUCUUGAUAUUCAUAUUAGCAUAUUCAAGUAAUUGCUCAGUCGUUAAGUAUCAUAAUCAAGUAGAUAUUUCAUUUAUGUCAAGCUCAAUUAAUCUUGUUCAUAUUCAGAAUUUAUAUGUGACGAUAUUGUGGAAAUAUUUAGUUUAUCUAUACGGAUUUAAAGAAGCAGUACUUCGAUUUACUCAGCUUGUAAAGAAUGUUGUAGAUUUAAUUGAUUUAUUCAACCGGAGACCUUCAAACGAUAUUCGCGACCAUAUGAUUGAUAUGGUUGUAACAGAAACAGAACGUAAAUUAGUGAUAGGUGACUGA